AGUUGCAUCUCCUAUUCUCCUCUCCCGCAUCUCCUUUCUCCUCCUCCUCCUCCUCCUCUUAAAAGUUAAACCCUAACAAAGCAGCAUCUUGUAGUUGUAUCCCUACCCGGCGGCGCCUCUGCCAACCACCGCUCCUUCUCUGCUGCUGUUGUUAUCGAUAUUUCCUCAAUAUACUGCAGCGGAGAGGUGUGAUUGGAAGACCAUCUUCAGUGGUUGAUUACAAAGAUCUAAUCCCUGUUUCUGAACAAUGGCUUUGGUGGUUAUCUGUGGGCAGCCAUGCAGUGGAAAAUCAACAGCUGCGAAAUGCCUAGCAGAAGCUCUCAGAGACUCAGAAUCUACGCUAACUGUCAGGGUUAUUGAUGAAACUUUGUUUCACUUAGAUCGCAAUCAAGGUUACGCCAACAUGACUGCUGAGAAGAAUAUAAGAGGGGUACUGAGGUCUGAAGUCGAUAGAUCAGUGUGUAAAGACAAUAUUAUAAUAGUAGACUCCUUGAAUAGCAUAAAAGGUUACCGAUAUGAGUUAUGGUGUUUGGCACGUGCAGCAGGAGUUAGAUAUUGUGUGUUAUACUCUGAUGUGGUAGAAACUGAUUGUAGAAAAUGGAAUGAAGAACGCAGAGAAAAAGGUGAAGCAACAUAUGAUGAGAAUAUCUUUGAUGAUCUAGUGAGAAGGUUUGAGAAACCAGAGAGUAGAAAUAGAUGGGAUUCUCCUUUGUUCGAGUUGCAGCCAUCCAAAGAUGGAAUUGACAAAUCAUUGCCUGCCAUUGUGGAUGCUGUCUCUUACUUGACAAAAAAGGUAGACUCAAGAACAAAGGAUAUCAAGAUUUUGCAGCCUACAAUUGCUACGCAAAAUGGAAGACCUUCAGAAGCGAAUUCCCUAUAUGAGUUGGAUAGGGCAACACAAGAGGUAAUGACAGCAAUUGUAGCAGCUCAAUCCCAGGCACUAGGAGGACCCCUUAAUGGAAUUUCCAUUGGUCAGGGUUUACCAACUAUUAACAUUCAAAGUGUAGUCGGGUUACCUGAAUUACGUAGACUUCGUAGGACCUUUAUGAAAUUGACGGGGCAAUCGAGCUUAAGUGGUCCACCUCCUCCCGCGGAUGCAGAAAGUGCAAAGAGGAUGUUUGUGGAUUAUUUGAACCGAGAACUGGGACUGUAGGAUACAAAAACAUACCAGGAAUGAGUUUUUUUUUUUUUUUUUUGCUGUAUACGUUACGUAACAGUUUAUUUUGUGCUCUGGAGAUGCCCAUUUUGGUGAAAGUAGAUUGUACACUAAUUGUAACAUCACAACUUAUAUUUUUUUUGAACGAGUACUGAGUGUAAUUUAUUUUUAGCAUUGAACGA